AUGCUGCGUCCAAGCCUGAGGUUCCUGGUGAUCGUCAUUGCAUCGUGCCUCUUCAUGUCGCUGGCGACCGCCGAAGCCAAAGCCCGGCUCAACUUCUUCCACGCUGUCGCCAACGGUCCGGCCGUGGACAUUCAGCUGCGUUCCAAGCUCAACACCACCGCCCACACCAUCUUCACGGACCUUGACUUCGCCGAGUACACCGACUACUACCAUGCCGAAGGCGGCAUGUACGACGUGCGCGUCGUGGCUCAUGAUGACACCUCCAAGGUGAUCAUGGAGGUGGAGAACCUGGUGGUUAUCACCGGUGUAGAUUUCACCAUGGUACUCACCGGGCAGCUGUCCGACUUGGAGAAGUACCCGCUGCGCAUCAUCACCUUUAUCGACGACAACCUCGACCCCGGAGCCGGCCAGGCUAAAUUCCGCUUCAUCCAUGCAGCCGCUGGCUUCAGCCCGCUCGAUGUGAUGUUGGGCGGCCAAAAGAUCUUCAGCAAGGUGAGCUUUGGGGAGCACGGAGAGAUCGUAGGCACAGGUUAUAGAGAAGUCGACACGGACAGAUACACGCUGCUGGUGAUGGAGCGAGGCUUGACGUUCGACUCGUCCACUUUGGACCUCGAAGACGGCGACGUUCUCACUGUCUAUGCGGUUGGCCUCCGCGGUAGCAGUGAGUACAGGCCAACCCUGGUGUCGCAGAUCACGAGGGAGUCCGACACCUCUCCCGCAACCACCCUCUCCCCGUGGUCUACCUUCCUCCGCGGUGCUCGUUGA